GAGCUCUGGCUCAUUCAACGCUGCAGCUAAAGAUGCUGCCAUGGAAGUGUUUGCUGCUCAAGAUUGCACAGUAGAAGUAUCUGACUUGUAUGCUAUGAAGUUUAAAGCCACUGCUACAGCUGAGGACAUCACAGGCGAUGUUAAGAAUGCAGAUCACUUCUGUUAUGCGGAGGAGACUAAACUGGCAUGGGAGGAGGGAAAAUUGUCUGCUGACAUCACUGAGGAACAACGUAAACUCACUCAGGCAGACCUCGUCAUUUUUCAGUUCCCCAUGUACUGGUUCACCCUUCCUGCUAUCAUGAAGGGCUGGAUCGACCGGGUGCUAACACUGGGCUACGCAUACACUCAAGAAAAGCGUUACAGUCAGGGAAUUUUCAAGGACAAGAAAGUCAUGCUGUCCUUCACCACUGGGUCUUCUGAGUCAAUGUUCAGUGCAAAUGGCAUUAAUGGAGACAUGAAUGUCACACUGUGGCCACUACAGAAUGGCAUCCUGCACUACUGUGGCUUCCAGGUUCUGGCUCCUCAGAUCUUCUGGGCUCCAGCUUACACUCCUUCUGAAGUACGCAGCACCAUGCUGGAAGGCUGGCGUAAAAGACUGCAAGGCCUCCUGAGCGAGAAACCACUUUCCUUUACUCCCUUGGAUUGCUUUGAUGGUGAGAAGGGUUACCAACUGAAGCCUGAGAUCCAUGAGAAACAGUCCACCAAGGAGCAUGGACUGACUGUGGGGAUCCACCUGGGAAAGGCCCUCCCACCCAACAGCCAGAUGAAAGCUGGAGUCUGAAGAUGGCAGUGUCUUUAACUUGCAUAAUGGAAAAUAAAAGCUAAUGAAAUCUGAGUAUUUGGUGUCAAA